AUGAUUGUGAUAAAAAUUAUUGAUAAGAGCGAAUUUCUUGCUCAUGGCAUGAAGGCUAGAAGUAUAAAUCAAAGAGUUAUGCUAAAGCUAAUAGAUGAGUGCGCAUCUUCAAAUAUCAAAUAUUUGAAGAAAAUAAAAUUAACAAUCUCUUCCUUAUGGAUUAGACUUAAUAUUAACCUUUUAAGUGUUAUUUGAUUAGUGUUGAAGACAUAA